AUGGGGGUUUGUGGGUCAAAGCCCAAAGGGUGUGUGGGGAUGAAAGGGAAGCUGAAUUUGCAGAGAAAACGCAGGAAUAAGCAUAGAACAAGGAGGAUCAAAAAGGCCCAUUCUUCAGUUAGCAAAAACCGGGUCGAACCAUCUGACCCGAAAGAUCGAUCUUUCAACAAUCCUGCGUAUCAAGGAAAUAGCGAUUCGUGGUUCGAUACUGAUGGUGUGAUUGAAUCAGAUGGAGAUGAUGAAUUCUACAGUAUUCAAGAUGAUAUUUCUCAAGCUGGAUCCUUAUCAAAUAUCAUCACUCCGAGAUUCGCAAACCAAGUGCCGUGUAAUAACAACAUUGAUCCUCAGCCGAUUUGUGAUGAUCCUCAAACUGAGGUGAAAAAUCCAGCUUUAUUAGACAAAUCCUCGGCUCAAGUUGAGGGUGAAACUAAUAAUUGUGGUUUCAUAUCAAAUGCCUUGCUCCCUUGUAUUGCUUGUGACGAGUCUUUGGAAGGAAAAAGGAAAUCGGCUCUUUCAGGAGGUUCGAGCUCAAGAAAAAGAUUAUCUCUUGUUGCCUCUUUCAGAUGGAAGGACGGGCAAGAAAAUCCAAUUUUAUCAAUGGCAACACCCAUUAUACAAAGACCAAUAGCUGGUUCUCAGGUUUUGUGUUCUCCAUUAGAGAAGAAAACGUCCGAAAGUUGGUCGCGAAUCGAGCCAAGCAACUUCAAAGUCCGUGGGCUAAACUAUACCAAAGAUAAAAAGAAAGAAUUUGCUCCAAAUAUAUCUGCAUAUAUCCCUUUUGGAGUGGACGUAUUUUUAUCCUCAAGAAAAAUCACUCAUGUCGCUCGACAUGUGGAAUUGCCUGCCAUCUAUUCAGACAAAGAAAUUCCUCCUGUUCUUAUUGUAAAUCUUCAGAUUCCACUUUAUCCUGCUGCAAUCUUCCAAAACGAAUAUGACGGGCCGGGAAUGAGUUUGGUUUUCUACUUUAAGGUGUCAGAAAAUUAUUCGAAACUUCCUGUUCAUUUUCGAGAAAAUAUAAAGAGGAUAAUUGCAAAUGAAACAGAGACAAUCAAAGGUUUCCCCAUGGACACAAAUGCACCCUACCGAGAAAGAUUAAAGAUAUUGGGCCGAGUGGUCAACUUUGAGGAUCUUCAGUUAAGUUCGGCUGAGAGGAAGCUUAUGCAUGCUUACAAUGAAAAACCAGUUCUUACACGUCCACAGCAUGAAUUUUACUCGGGAGAAAAUUACUUUGAAAUCGACUUGGAUAUACACAGAUUCAGUUACAUUGCGCGAAAAGGAUUCGAAACAUUUCAGGACAGAAUCAAGAACUGCGUGUUCGAUUUUGGCCUGACAAUUCAGGGGAACAAAGCGGAAGAUUUGCCCGAGUGCAUGUUGUGCUGUUUACGGUUAAAGGAAAUCGACUAUACAAAAUAUUGCCAACUUAGUUUCUGA